AUGCUUUCAGACUUGCUGCAGCCUGACAACGCCGUCAUCCAACAGGCGACAAUUCAGCUGAAAGAGGCCCUCAAACAGCCCACGGCGCUCCCCCACCUCUGCCAGGUGAUGUCAAAGUCUCAGAACCCCCAGAUCCGGCAGUUUGCGGCCGUGCUGGUGAGAAGGCGCCUGGCCAAACACUGGCGGAAGCUCCAUCCCACCGAGCAGGACAUGCUGAAGAACUUAGUCCUGUCCACCGUGCAGCUGGAAACAGACCACAAGGUCUGCCUCGGCUUGGCCCAGCUGGCCGCCGUGAUUCUGAAGAACGAGACGCUGGAGAAGUGGCCGCAGCUGCUGCAGCUCAUCCACCACGGAGCCCGGUCUCGGGACCCCGCCCAGGCUCAGAUGGGAUUGCUGCUUUUGAACUCUGCCCUGGAUCUGGACACUGAUCUCUUUGCGCCCCACUACAAGGAGCUGCUGCGCCUUUUCCACCAGACCCUGAAGGAGCACGGCCAGCCGUCCACCCUCUACUACUCGCUGCGCAGCCUGACCACCAUGGUACCGGGGCUGGGCUCGGAAGAAACGAAUCUGAUGUCUUCGAUGGUGCCCAAACUGAUAGCGGCUGUCCGGGAACUGAUCCGUGUCAAUGAGGCCCAGGCCAGCGAAGUGAUGGAGGUCUUCGACGAACUGAUGGAGACCGAAGUGUCCAUCGUUGUGCAGCAUCUCUCGGAAGUCGUUGGGUUCUGCCUGGAGGUGGCCUCGAAUCCGGCCUUGGGAGACAACCUCCGGGUGAAGGCCUUGUCCUGCAUCAGCUUCCUCGUCAAACUCCGGAGCAAGGCCAUCCUGAAGCACAAGCUGCUGCCGCCCAUCCUGAACGCCCUCUUCCCCAUCAUGAGCACAGAGCCCCCCCCAGGCCAGAUGGACGCCGAGGACGAGAUGACAGAGGAGGACAUUGAGGACCGAGCCGAAGUCCAGACACCCAAGCACUUCGCGGCCCAGGUAGUGGAUAUGCUGGCUCUGCACCUUCCCCCAGAGAAGCUUUUCCCCCAGCUGACGCCUCUGAUGGAGCCCGCCCUCUUGAGCCCCAACCCCUAUCAUCGCAAGGCUGGCCUCAUGUGUUUGGCGGUGCUGGCCGAAGGCUGCGGGGAUCACAUCCGGACCAAGUACCUCCAGCCCAUGCUGCAGGUGGUGUGCCGGGCCCUGUCGGACGACAGCCAGGUGGUGCGCAACGCAGCCCUCUUUGCUCUGGGGCAGUUUUCGGAGAACCUGCAGCCGGACAUCGCUCGCUACUCUGACGAGAUCAUGCCGUUGCUCCUGAGCUACUUGGAGGGGGUCGAGCUGAACCACACCAGCCACUUGGCCAAAGCCUACUACGCCCUGGAGAACUUCGUGGAGAACCUUGGAGACAAGAUCUCGCCCUACCUGCCAGGCCUGAUGGAGCGGAUGUUCACCACCUUGAGUUCCCCCGGCAGUCCCCGCACCAAGGAGCUGGUGGUCAGCGCCAUCGGAGCCAUUGCCCAGGCCGCCCAGGGGACACUCUUACCUUACUUCCAAGCAAUCAUGGACCAUCUGACCGGUUACCUGCUAACCACCCGGGAAGACCUCCGACCAGUCCAGAUUCAGUCUGUAGAGACGCUGGCCAUACUAGCCAGCUCCAUGGACAAGGACAUCUUCCUACCGUUGGCCAACAAAUGCUGCCAGCUGGGCCUGGACCUCUCCGACCGAGUGGACGACCCCGACUUGCGGAGAUGCACGUACAGCCUCUUCGCCUCCCUCUCUAUCGUGCUGGAGGAUUCCAUCGCGCCGUACCUGCCUCGGAUCACCACGCUGAUGCUAUGUACUCUCAAGUCUACCGAGGGCGUUGAGCCUCAAUACGGCGCUGGCAACUCCUUUCUCUUGUUCGACGAUGAGGACGAGGAAGCCGAGGUGGAGGGAGAAGAAGGCCUGUCCGAUGAAGAAGAGGACGAUGAUUCGGAGCUGACGGGGGUGAGCGUGGGAAAUGCCUUUAUGGUUGAAAAAGAAGAUGCCUGCAUGGCCUUGGGAGAGAUCGCCAUGAACUCCAGCGUGGCCUUCUUGCCUUUUCUGGAGAGCUGCUUCCCAGAAGUCUUCAAACUGUUGGAGUGCUUCCACGGCGGGGUGAGGAAAUCUGCCUUUAUCGCUCUGGGGCUGUUCUGUAUCUCACUGCAUAAGGUUUGCGAGCGGGAUCCGUCCGAGCCCAACGGCGCUGCCCUGCAGAAGAUGCUCUCCGUGGUGCUGCCCGCCUACAUCAAGGGGAUCCGAGAGGACCGGGAGCGCCAGGUGGUGAUGGACAUCCUGGAGACCCUGGUCAAGCUGGUGAAGGUGUGCCAGCAGGAGGCCUUCCGGGCGCCCGAGCACCUGGACGAGCUGUGCCGGGUGAUCCGGGAAGUGCUGGAGAAAAAAACGUACUGUCAAGAGGAGGAUGUGGACGAGGACGAGGAGGGGGAGGAUGAGGCUGAAUACGACGCGAUGCUGAUCGAGUAUGCCGGGGAAGCGAUUCCUGUCUUUGCCAAAGCGGUCAGCGGAGAGACCUUCGCUCCCUAUUUUGCUGGCUUCCUUCACUUACUCAUCAAGAAGACGAAACCCAGCUGUUCUGCGUCAGACAAGUCCUUUGCAGUGGGCAUGAUAGCCGAGACCAUCCAGGGCUUGGGCCGGUCCUGCAUCCCCUUUGUGCCACGCUUGCUGCCGCUGUUGAUGGAGGCCGCACGGGACCAAGACACGGAGGUGCGCAGCAAUGCCAUCUUUGGGCUGGGCGUGCUGGUGGAACACGGCGGAGAAGUCAUGUACGAACAGUACCCGAAGCUGCUCGGCCUCCUCUCCAGCCUCAUCAAUCAGGAGCGCAAAGACCGGCUGAUAGACAACGUCUGUGCGGCCGUCGCACGGAUGAUGAUGACCAACCCUGGAGGGGUUCCCAUUGGGCAGGUUUUCCCUGUCUUGCUACGCAAUCUCCCCUUGACGGAGGAUUUGGAAGAAUACAAGACCGUUUUUAGUUGUAUCUCCUUUAUAUACGAACGCGAGCCUCAGCAGGUGCUGCAGCUGAUGGGGGACAUCGUGCGGGUCAGCGGCAGCGUCCUGGGAAAUAACGAUGUUCCAGCAGCUGCCCGCAACGCCCUGGCAACGAUCCUCCGCACCCUGUUCAGCCGCUGCCCAGCCGAGUUCCAGUCAGCCGCACUCUCUCUGCCUCCGGAAGCCCGCACCCUGCUCGAAGCAGCAGUCAGCUCCUCUUGA